GCUCUGAGCUGCUUUCAUCAGUAACAACUAACAACAACAAAACCAAGAAGAACCAAAGAUGUUCAAGGAGUUACCAGAUUGUUAUUAUGAAACCACGCCAAGUUUAAUCUGUCCUGAAAACCCUACUCCAAAACACACACUCUAUCUCUCCAACCUUGAUGAUCAAAAGUUCUUAAGGUUUUCCAUCAAGUAUCUUUAUGUUUAUAAGAAAUCAAUACCUGUAAAUGAUCUUAAGUCCUCACUUUCUAAAGUUCUUUCUUAUUACUACCCAUUAGCCGGUAGGUUAAGAAUUAGUGAACAAAAUGAAGAUAAACUUGAAGUUGAUUGUAAUGGUGAAGGUGCUUUGUUUGCUGAAGCUUUCAUGAGUAUUACUGUUGAUGAGUUCAUGCAAGUUUCUAAAUGGCCUAAUAUUUCCUGGAGGAAAAAACUCUUGUGCAGAGUUGAUGCUCAGAGUUUCUUGGGCAUUCCUCCUCUUGUCAUUCAGGUAACGAAUCUAAGCUGUGGAGGAAUGAUAAUCUGCAUCGCCAUUAAUCACUGUCUAUGUGACGCAAUUGGUACGUCUCAGUUUUUGCACGCUUGGGCCCACCUACAAACAAAACCGACCGCCGAUCUCAGCGUAAUCCCGUUCCACAGUCGGCACGUCUUAGAACCUCGAGAUCCUCUACAAAUAACCUUCUCUCAUCCAGAAUUUACAAAUACUACCCCUGAUGUAGAUCUAAGUCUUACUCUUCAAUCUCAACCGUUGGUUCCUUCUUGCUUAACUUUCACACCAUCUCAUAUCCUACGUCUCAAGAGACUCUGUGUGCCUUCACUAAAAUGCACUUCAUUUGAAGCACUAGCUUCACAUGUGUGGCGUUGUUGGAUUAAAGCACUAAAUCCAGAGUCAUCACUUAGAAUUAAACUCCUUUUCUCAGCUAAUAUUAGAAAUUUCGUUGAGCCAAAAUUGCCAAAAGGGUAUUAUGGUAAUGGGUUUGUGUUAGGAUGUGCUGAAACAACAGUUUCACAGUUGGUAAAUUCUAAUCUGCACCAUGGAGUAAAAUUAGUUCAAAAUGCUAAAGCAGCAUUAACUGAUGAUUAUGUGAAGUCUAUGGUUGAUUUCUUAGAAGAAAAUAGAGUAAAACCUGAUCUUUCUUCAACACUUGUUAUAUCUCCAUGGUCAAAAUUGGGGUUAGAAGAUUUGGAUUUUGGUGAAGGUAAACCAUUGCAUAUGGGGCCAUUGGCUAGUGAGAUUUACUGCUUGUUUUUACCAGUUGUUGGUGAUUUACAUGCUGUGAAAGUUCUUGUUUCCGUACCUGAGAAGAUUAUUGGCAAAUUUGAACACUAUAUGAUUAAUGAUUUAUAUGAAGAAGAUGGUGUUGAUUUGAUGAAAGAUGGUGUUGAACUGGAAGAGAAAGAACAGCUAUAGUGCACUGUCAACAGAGUGCAAGUGUUCUGAAGAAAAAAAACUUUCGGAGGAAAAAGUUCAGUGGUUGUUGGUGUAGGUCCUAUAGGCUUGUAUUAGUUCGGGUAAGAGAUUAUUAGUACAUCAACAACUGAUGGACCCUCAAUAACCAGGCACCCUUGUGAAAAAGCAGAGAGAAAGUAAGAAAGUUGUUUUGGUUGUCACCAAAUGCACCAACUCUGCUGCAUUUGGUUUGUAUGACACUUUCAAGUAUGAUUUCAGUUUAUAUAUUUAUCGCGUUAAUAUGUUUA